AUGUUGCAGCUUGGUUUACCUCAGAUAAAUGUAUUCUCAAAAAUUGACAAGUUAGCCGAGUAUAACUCGUUAGAGUUCCCACUUGACUUUUAUGUUAAGGUGCAAGAUCUUCAGCUUCUUCUACCACAAAUCGAAAGUGAGCUGGAUAGGAGACUCGGUGGAAAUUUUAUGAGGCUUACAGAAUGCAUUGCGGAAAUGGUGGAAAAUUUCGGGCUUGUCACCUACGAGGUGUUAGCCGUGGAAGACAAACAAUCGAUGAUCAGUUUACUCGAAAAGAUUGAUCAGACGAAUGGGUACAUUCAUGGAACAAGCGAGAUAGGUGGUGAUUCAGUUUGGCACGAUGCAUCGAAAGUGAGACUACAUAAUGAGGAGGAUGUGACCUUGCAAGAGCGCUGGAUCGAUCACAAAGCACAUUACGACGCUUUACCACUGACAGAAAUGUCUGACCAUUUCAAAGAACAUGAUUAA